UGAUCUAGGUUAGCCAGGCUUUUCCUUUUACCUUUAGCCCUCCCUUACUACUCAUUUCGUUUUCAAAAUUCUUCAAAAUUGUAACGUAAACUCUAUCGGCUCAACUAAUAAAAUUAUUUUUAGCCAAAAUGACGGACGAAAAGGCAUCAACAUCUGGUGGCCAACGUAAGCCUGGCUUGCAGUUCAGCACAGGAGUUGGUACUCCGGAAACCAAACGCAAGAUGCUUCUUUUUAGACGCUUGCUAAGUCGAGAGUUGGCCAAGGAGGUAAGGGAUGCCCAGAAAACUAUCCGGGCCAGAAAUCGAGUGCUUCAGGAGCAGGAUAUGGGUCGCUUUCCAAGAUCUUGAGUGAACCAACAGAUUACCCUUAGUUGGAGUAGAGUUUACGUUUCCGCAUUUAUAUGAUUUCUUCAAUAAAUUUUGGCACAGUUCGAGGAGGAA